AUGGCGUACGACCGACUAUCCAGCCUCGAGGCCGGCCAGAGCAACGGCCGCUAUACCGACGACCCCGCGUUUCAAGACCUUCAAUACGAGCUGAAAAACAAACUGCAGACUCUGCUGAGCAACAACCGCAAGCUUGCCAACGAUGUCAACGUCCUGGGGACCAAGAAGGACACUCCCCGCUUGCGGGAGCGGGUGCACAACACAAUGGAAAAGUCGCGGGAAAUCUGCAAGGAUAUUGGCGAUGGCGUGAAGAAACUGCAGACGUGGGAUGAUCUGACUGUCUCGAGCGAUUUUCAGACGGCCUUGCAAGAGUUCCAGGGUCUGCAGAGGAAGGCUUUGGAAAAAGAGCGCGCAUCCAUAACGGCAGCCCGCGAAGCGCAGGCAUCAGAAAUCACGGGCGCCGGGGGCGAGGAACAGCUGCAACUGCAGCAGCAGCAACAGCUGUCGCAACUGGCCCCGCAGGAUGAGGUGGAUUUCCAGGAGGCCCUGAUCAUCGAGCGCGAAGAGGAAAUUCGAAACAUCGAGCAGGGCGUCGGCGACCUGAACGUGCUGUUCAAGCAAGUGGCGCAGAUUGUUACCGAACAAGGCCAGCAGCUCAUCACCAUCUCGGAUACCGUGGAGAAUAUCCAUGAAAGCACCCGCGGCGCCGACGUCGAGACCCGUCAAGCAGCGCGGUACCAAAAGGCAGCUCGCAACAAGGGCUGCUGCUUGCUGCUGAUUCUAGCCGUCAUUCUGACCAUUGUCCUGUUGGCGAUUUUCGUGGGCUGA